GUCCCGAUAGUGGCAAGCAUUGUGAUGGAGAACUGGGUUUACGAGGCCUGCGUGGCGCUCCAGCGCUUCAUGAAGUACAUCAUCGACUUGACUCUUGUGUUGCAGGCGUUAUAUCUUGUGUCGGAAAACCAGGAAUUGAAUCGUAGGACUAUCAAGCUCGCGAUCAAGUCCUACCACGAGUCGCCGACGAGCAGAGCAGUGCAUGCUCGGAUUCAGGAGUAUGAUAGGCAGUCGACCUUCCUGGAACGUGCAGACCGUGGUUCAUUGGACCGGUUUGUUCAGCUAAUUCAAUCAUAUAGCAUCAGUAGAGAAGAAAUGUCUGGUCUUCGGGUAGAUAUUCCAGUUGUGGGUUUAUUACCGGAUGAGCCAUGGGAAGACGAGAAGACGUAG